UAGUUAGUAUGUGUUAUUUGGUAUCGGUCCAUUUCUAAGCGCGUGUGGUUUUUAUUUUGCCGGUGAUUUUUUAGUGUGACAAAAAAUUCUGCAACCAUGUCUGCUGCUAUGCCAAUUAAUCCCAAACCAUUUCUUAAUGGUUUGACUGGAAAAGCUGUUAUAAUAAAGCUGAAAUGGGGCCACGAAUAUAAAGGAUAUUUGGUUUCUGUGGAUGGGUAUAUGAACAUGCAACUUGCCAAUACCGAAGAGCACACUGCUGAUGGUCAAAUUACCGGAAACCUCGGCGAAGUGCUUAUUCGAUGCAACAAUGUAUUAUAUAUAAAAGGUGUGGAUGAUGAGGAUGAAGAGGGCGAAAUGAGAGAUUAAAUUUAUAUAUAUAUAUAUUAUAUAUGUAUAGAGAGGGCCGAAAAUGUUUCGAUGCUUUCAGCAGGUUUUUAGAAUUAAGCUGCGUAGUUCAUAUAUUGCUAAGUUUUAUAUAGAAAAUUAAUAAAAUGUCGAUGGUAUAUA